AUGGCGGAUGAGAUCGAGUACAAGCUCGACAAUGUCGAGGCUACGUCUGUAGCCUCGGGCGACAUCGAUCAGACGUUCCGCUCAUCCAGCAUAGACCUCAUCUCCGCCGCCCUGGGCGGGAAGGUCCUCGGCUUCUCUGACGAGUGGUUCGCCGAGGCUGCGAACCUCCUCACGCCCACGCCACCCAUCAGUCAGCCGGGCAAGAUGGUGUUCACAGGCGCCUGGUACGACGGCUGGGAGACACGCCGGCACAACACGGAGGCCUUCGACUGGGUCGUGAUCCGGCUGGGCGUCGCCUCGGGCACCGUCGACGGCAUCGAGGUCGACACCGCCUUCUUCUCCGGCAACCACGCGCCCUUCAUCUCGGUCGAGGGCUGCUUCAGCCUCGACGACGCCGAGGUCCUCUCGUGGAAGGGCUCGCGCGGCGGCUGGGAGCCCAUCCUCGGCAUCCGCGAGUGCGGUCCCUCGCAGCGCUUCGCCUGGAAGCUGAGCAAGCCCACCGCGAAGCGCUACACGCACGUCCGCCUCAACAUGUACCCGGACGGCGGCAUCGCCCGCUUCCGCCUCUUCGGCCACGCCGUGCCCGUCUUCCCCGACGACAGGGACGCCAUCCUCGACCUCGCCGCCGCCCAGAACGGCGGCGUCGCCGUGUCCUGCAGCGACCAGCACUUUGGCACCAAGGACAACCUCAUCCUGCCGGGCCGGGGCAAGGACAUGGGCGACGGCUGGGAGACGAAGCGCUCCCGUGGGAAGGCCCAUGUCGACUGGGCAGUCAUCCGCCUCGGCGCGCCGGCACUUAUCCAGCGUCUUGUCGUGGACACGGCUUUCUUCAGGGGCAACUUCCCGCAAAAGGUGAAGGUGGACGCCAUUGAGUGGAAAGACGCCGGAGAGCCCCCGGCGGCGGCCGAGGCAUGGCAGGAGGUUGUGGAAGCUAGCAAGACCGGGCCGGAUCAGGAGCACGAGUAUGCCUCCAAGAUUCAGGACCAGCCUUUUACACAUGUCAAGUUGACCAUGAUACCCGACGGAGGAGUGAAGAGGAUCCGAGUGUUUGCUAAGCGUUCAGUCUAG